UCAGUUAUCGCAUGGGACCAGUCCUCUCAACAUGCCCCGACACCUGGCUUUUGGGACCGUGGUUCUGCUACGCCCUCAGUUAUUAGUACUGAUCGAUAUCCGGGUGGCGAUCCCCCGGUCUUCGAAUCAUCCUUGGCUCGGGCAGACCGACUUCCUCUUCUUGACCUCGCUGAUUGGAGCGAGGGAAACGCUUAUGAUGAACAACCGCCUUCCUGCAUCCACUAUUCCAUCGAAUGGAAGGUGACUCUGAACAAUAGAAUCGUGGCCAAAGAUACCGAGCAGGAUUUGGUCCUAGCGCCAAAAGCCUACUGGAGGCUGUUCCUGAAACCCAAGCUGUUAGAACUGAUUGGUAGAAAGUUUUCUCGGAAGAGAGUGGAGUCUGAUGAUACA